AGGUCGUUCGGGUCGUUCGCGAACUACCCAAGACCCACAAAUUAUAAAGUUGUACCAAGACCAAGACUAAAAGAGUAUAAUAUAUAGAAAAUUAAUUCUACUCAUUGCAUAUUAGUUUGUGAUUAAAGUUGUUGGAAAUAGAAAUGACCUAUUUUAGUGAAAUUUGUAGAAUUUGUUUAUGCGAUAAUCUACGCAUGUAUGUACUAAAGAAGACUGGUCUCGAAAAUUUGUACAAAACAUUGACGAAUAGUUUUAUGGAUGAAGACGAGGAACCCAUAAUUGUCUGUUUCAACUGUCAUGCAAGACUCAUUCGUUGCAGAACAUUACAACAACAGGCUAUUGAGUCAAAAGCAGUUCUGAAGCAGUUGCUUGCAGGAGGGUCCAUGUCAAUACCAAAUCAUCAUGAGGCUAGAGAUAAGAUUCAAUUCACACCAAUUAGUCAUAUAGAUAUCAGGCCAGUAGAGUGUGAUCUAGAUAAUGAUUGUCAGAACGAAAUGUUUAGCCUUGAAUCUGUUAAAGUUGAAGAAGAGAAUUUAGAAAAUGAGAAUUCCAAAUUUGAAGAAAAUGGGAAUCAUGAAAUAGAGAGUGCCGAAAAACAAGAAGAUUUGGAGAUUGAUGCUUUUGAAGAUAGACAUACGGAUUUGGAUGACGACUUGCCGCUAAUUGCAUUUGGUUCAAAGAGUAAAAAAGAUGACGAUGACAUAGAAACUUCUGAGAAGAAGAUUAAAUCAAAUUCUACUGAUUGUAACAUAAACGAUGUUCGUGAAGAAGACCUCGAUUUUGAAGGCCCUACUAUUAAAUCAAACCCUAAAGUAAAAAUAGAUAAUCAACCAAUUAAUAAAAAAGGAAAGCAUCCUGCAAAGAUUAUGAAAACGAAAAUUUUGAAACAAAAGAGUGUAAAUAUACUUAAGAAAAAAACAUUUGGGACAUCAAGUAAAUACAUUUUUGAAUGUGAUGGUUGUAGUAAAAAAUUUUCAACAAAAGACAUUCUCGUCAAACACAUUUCAUACAGUCAUAAGACGCAAAAGAACUCAGACACCACUGCAUUUCGGACACAAGUAGAACAAACUCCAAUACUACAACUAACAGAAAUAUUUAAUUGUGAUAUUUGUGAAUUUAAAACAUCUCAUAAAUGUCGCAUUUUGGCACAUCUUAAGGCGCACGUCGCUAAACAAAUGUACUGUUGUAAUAAUUGUGAAUAUAAAUGUAUUAGAAAAAAUAAGUUGCAAACCCAUAUGAAAAUACAUACCGGAGAAAAACCUUUUUCGUGUAAUGUCUGUGAAUAUAGAUGUAGUACAAAAAGUUAUUUGCAAACACAUAUGAAAAUACACACCGGUGAAAAACCUUUUUCUUGUAAUAUCUGUGAAUAUAGAUGUAUUACAAAAAGAGAUUUGCAAACCCAUAUGAAAAUACACACCGGUGAAAAACCUUUUUCGUGUAAUAUCUGUGAAUAUAGAUGUAUUACAAAAACUAAUUUGCAAACCCAUAAGAAAAUACACACCGGUGAAAAACCUUUUUCGUGUAAUAUCUGUGAAUAUAGAUGUAUUUUAAAAAGUUCUUUGCGAACACAUAUGAAAAUACACACCGGUGAAAAACCUUUUUCGUGUAAUAUCUGUGAAUAUAGAUGUAUUACAAAAAUAAAUUUCCAAAGACAUAUGAAAAUACACACUGGUGAAAAACCUUUUUCGUGUAAUAUCUGUGAAUAUAGAUGUAUUACAAAGAGUCGUUUGCAAACCCAUAUGAAAAUACACACUGGAGAAAAACCGUUUUCGUGUAAUAUCUGUGAACAUAGAUAUAUUACAAAGAGUCGUUUGCAAACACAUAUGAAAAUACACACCGGUGAAAAACCUUUCUCGUGUAAUAUCUGUGAAUAUAGUUUUAUCACAAAAUAUAAUUUGCAAAGACAUUUAAAAACACACACUGGCGCUAAACCUUUUUCGUGAGCUAUCUGGUUAAAUAUGUACAAUAUUGUGUAAACGUUUUUUAUAUAAAUAUGUGUGUACCAAAUAAAAAUCAAUUUGUGUGAAUUUGUGAUGUAAUUAUAUGACGAGUAGAAAAACCUUUCCGUGCCGUAUGUGCGAAUUGAAACUGCAUUUAUUCUGAAGAAGUUAAUUCAAAACCUAAUUCAAUAUAUUGUACAACCGAAUUCAAUAUAAAUUAUUAAGAAUAAUUCAAAAACUAUUGGUCGGACAGUUAUAUGGGGCUACAUGUGAAGCACCAGCUUUCAAAUAAAAACGGAUUUAUUGAAUUCGGUUCAUGCAGAAAAAGUUAAGAGGUAAUACAGUCGAAUGAAUACCUCCUACAACUUUACCCAGCUUAUAUAUAUUGGAGAUGUGUAAAUUUGUUCAAAAAAAUAAGCAAUUUUAUACAAAACGUGAAGAUUUACCAUGCAAAUACACGUUACGACACAAAAAUAAAUUAGUAUUGCCAACUUCCCGAUUAAAACUAAACAGUUCUAGCACAUUAAAUUCUUCCAUAAAAUUAUAUAAUAAACUACCUGACAUAUUAAAAAAUUAAAAUAAUGACAUCAUAUUUACAAAAAAAUUAAAAUAGUACCUAACUAAUAAAUGUUACUAUAGUACUAAUGAAUAUUUUACAAAUAUGUAAUACUUAUAUAGGUUUUACAAAAUGAUCACUAAUUUAAAUUGAAUUCUAUCUCAAUAAACCACAAUGACAUUCUUAUAAGUAGUUAAAUAGGCUUCCUCUCUCCUAUAGGUCGGCCGUUCAGAGAAUGCGUUCCUGACACCCAUAGGGGGUCAACUCACUAUGGAGCCGAUGCAAACUUUGGGCAAAAUAAGCGAAACAGAGACAGCGCUAUACGCAAGACAGAGAAAUCGCUAUUGAACCAUGUUACGCAUUGUAUUUCAAUUACAGUUUAGGAACUUUUAUUUUUGCUUUUUAAUAUCUUUGUCGCCUGCCCAUUAAAAAUUAUCUUUACUUAUCUUAUAAAUUAUAAACUAUAUAUUUUAUAAUAUACAUAACAAAUAAAAGUUGUUUAAUCCAUGAAAGUAUAAAUUAAAUUAUACGUUCCGAUUAUUUUUAUGUCCGAUUGAAAUGAUUACUCUGUGCAACAAGCUCUGUAGCCGAAAAUAUAAAUGUAUCUAUGAUUGUUGUGAAAUAAAAACGUAAACUAGGUUAAUAUAUUUUACAUAUUCAUAAAAUUAAGAAAAUAACAAGUUUCAAAGUACAUUUUACAUCAAUUAGAUAUUAUUUUAAACGAGAAUGUUUCAAAUUAAAUGGAGUUAGUUUUGUUUAACUUUUCUAAGCCAAAUUCAAAACUGAUGUCGAUUUAGUAUAUUUCGUAGAAAAAUAACUUAAGUGUGGUGUUACUAGCCAGUGAAUAUUUAAUUUAUGGUGAUUUAUCAGAGUUGUAUUACUUAAUGAAGAUGUUUAACGAAUAAUAAUGGAUUACUGAAAACGGUGUGUUCUAAGAUGCGUCUAUAAUCAUCUUAAAUUGAGUGCCCAAGUUUAUUUCUGUGUCUAUAUUACUAGUCAUUAAUAUAUUUAAAUCUCUAUG